CGCCCGCAUGACCCGCGCCAGGAGGGCGUGGGGAGGCAGGCCAGGCGCGCACGCUGCCGGGCAGAAUCACCGCCCCCACCUCGGCUCGGGACGGGAAGUGAGUCGCCGGGGUCCCCAGUGCAAUCCAACCAGAGAGCAGGUCUCAAAGCCGCCUGUACCCCCGGCCGAAGCAUGGCGGCCGCCAAGGUGGCUUUAACCAAGAGAGCCGACCCGGCUGAGCUUAAAGCAAUAUUUUUGAAGUAUGCGAGCAUCGAAAAAAAUGGUGAAUUUUUUAUGUCUCCUCAUGACUUUGUCACUCGGUAUUUGAAUAUUUUUGGAGAAAGCCAGCCCAACCCGAAGACUGUGGAACUUUUAAGUGGUGUAGUGGAUCAGACCAAAGAUGGGUUAAUAUCCUUCCAAGAGUUUGUAGCCUUUGAGUCUGUCCUGUGUGCUCCGGAUGCCUUGUUUAUGGUGGCGUUCCAGCUGUUUGACAAAGCUGGCAAAGGACAGGUUACUUUUGAAACAAGCCUGGAGCCCUUUGUGCAUGGAAGUUGUACUUUAAAGGAGAUGGCCAACGUGUGUGUAUCAGUUUUCUUGUUGCUGUGACCACAUAUCCAACAGAAGGCAACUGAAGAGAGAAAACACCUGUUUUAUUUACACUUUGAAAUAUUAGACCUUUUGAGGAAGGCCUGGAGAGGGGAGCACAAAGCAGGAACAUGAGACAGCUCAUCAUAUUGUGCAAAUCACUGCACAUUGACUCUCCUCUGAUUUUCCCCUUUUUGUUCAGUCGGAAUCUUCAGCCACUGGGACAUUGCCACCCAGAUUCAAGGUGGGCCAUCCCCUUUUUAGUUAGACCUUCCUGGAAACACCUUCGAGAUAGUGAUACACCCCAAAGUGUGUGUGUCUGCAUGGUGAUUCUAAGGGCAGUCGAGUUGUUAGGAAGAUUAACCCCUUCACGAUGCCCUCUUUAAAUGUUUGGAUUCUGUUUCUAAUUUGUUCAGACAUCUUGUGUUGUUUUAGUGUGUUGUGGGAAGUUCACAGACCAGGGACAAAUGCAGAUGAUGUCACACAGCACAAUCAAACACACGUAACCACCAUCAGCUCUGCUCUUUUUUGUCCCCAUGCCCAGUUGUUCCCAUUGUCUUAUCACAAGUGGAGAUAAGCACUCCAUAGGUAAGCUAGGCUAAUUGAUUUAUUGUAUUGGCUUUUUGCCCUAUUCAUUUCUGCAUGGCGAGACACCCAGUUCCCCCAGCAGCUCUGUAAACACAGCUUCCAGUAGAAGGGCUCUGAAGUGGCUCUGGGAGCAGCUAGCUCAGGGUGGCAUGCAAGCCAGUAGAAGCUGCUCUCAGGACAGUGUUACCUUGUGGGUUCCAUGGAGUGUGGCAUCUCUUCUACUUGCUUUGCUCUACACAUCUGAGUAGAAAUGGAAGGAGCUGGGCUGGGGUGAAAAGAGUUAAGAAAUGAACUCCUUGAUACAUGGCACUCUUUUCAGCACAGGGACAAAUUGGCAAGGGAGAUUGGCAGCGACAUCUGGGCUCGGGGCCCCAUUGGAGAAGCACCAGGUGUUCCUCCUCAUACUUGACUGAAAGAGAGUUAAGGGAGGAGAGAAUGACUCUGGUCCACAGUUCUGAGGGUAUAGUCUACAGCAGGGAACAGGACCGGAAAGUGUGGCAGGACACGAUGUGGCUUGAUAAACUGUGACCACAGUGAAGAGGCAGAGGGUUGAUCGGAAGUGAGGUUGGGGUAUAAGUUCCAAGGCCCACCCUGAGUGAUUUACUUCCUCCAGUGAGUUUCUACUUCUCACAAGUUUUACAAGCUUCCAGAACAGCACCACCAACUGGAGUCACAUGUCAAAACCCAGGAGCCUGAGAGGGGCGUUUCACAUGAAGUCAACAGACCCAGACUUUCAGCCAUGUAAGGCGAGGGGUUAAGGCAGGAGAAGCAAGUAUAGCAGACACGAGUUAGCUAUGAAUUUAAAAAGGACAGCGGCGUGAGAAUUGGCUCCCUCAGCUCUUUUCAAGAUGUUUACGGAUGGGUAGAUGACUUUAGCUUUGCUGUGUGUGUGUUCUUUUUAUUUGUUUGUUUAUUUGUAUUUUGAGACAGGGAUUUUUCUGAUCCAGCUGCCAGCCCCUCCCAAGUCAUGUGCCACCACCACACGGCGGAUUUUAGCUCUCUGAAUUUAUUUUCUCAUCUAUAAAAUAGAGGCAAUGCCUCCGUUCUGAGACCACAGGAAAAUACCAGUACAUAUCAGGGCGAUGUCUGAGAAGCAAAGGUCUUUAUAAAAGUGGUAAUAGAAGAAUGAGGAAGCUCCUCCCCUACCUGUUGCUGUCUUGGUUUCUUUUCUAUUUCUGUGAUAAGACCCUAUGAUCAAGGCACGAUAUAGAAGAGUUUCAUUUGGGGCAUAUGGUCUCAGAGGUUAGAGUCCAUGAUGUCAUCACAAGGACAUGGUGGAAGGAACAACUGAGCACUUACAUCUUGAUCCCCAAGCACGAGGUGGUGUGUAUGACCUGUGGACAUUUAUGAUAGACCCACUGAAAGAUCACCCUACAGGUCUCAUUAAAAUGAUGGCUUUGGGUCUGCUGGGCCAUUCACCUCCAGAUAAUUCAGCUGGGGAAAUGCACAGUACGAAAGUAUCCAAAUGACUACUGAACUGCAGAUUAAUAUACAAGUCCUAAGAUUUUUCGUAGGGUACCACACAGUUAUCAAGUGUAGGCGUGGCUAACAACUCUUUUGAGUCAACAAAGUCAAAUGGGACAUGGUAGCCUAAGGACUUUUGGAUGGCGGGUGCUAUAAGAAGUUAGCAAAGUGUUAUGGGAAAUUCAUCAGAGACAUGAAGAAAUAAAAACAACCAGGCGUCUACACAACAGUGGAAUUGGAUGAACCAAGAGGACUUCCCUACUCAGUCCUGCUGUCAUGAGCACAGUCUUCAGAGAGCAGAAGCCCAGUGCACAGCCUGCCUGGCUGCCUCCACGAGGCUGUCUUGUAGCGCACGCAGGCACUGGCUCUCAUUCAUGUCCUUACAGCUCUUCUAGGUUCCCUGGUCUAGGAUGGCACCUUUGCAUGUCUGGAAGACUGUGUGCAUCUUUACAAGUGAUGAGUAACUCUGGUGAGAAAAGCUGGAGAUGCUGUGUUGAUCUCCCAGCUCUACUACCUCUGUCUACCUCUUAAAGGGGACUCGUAAUCACACAGUGCUGGGGUCACUUGGAGCUUUCCCCUGAACACAGGGAAGGCUCGAGAGUGAUCUCAUUCUCCUACCCCAGACCCCAGCCUUGCAUGUAAUACAGGGUGAGAGCAUGUGUGCUCUUUGUUUGUGUGUGGAUUCACAGGUGGUCAGGUGAGUGCAGGGGGCUUCCGUUUUUGUGCACCUGACUUCAUGAAUGUGGUCCCUGAACUCACCAAACAGAAGUCAGAUGGAAAGAGGGAAACGUAAUCAGAUGUUGUUUCCAUAAAGCCUUUCCCUAUUUGGGGUGUGGGGGGCUUGUUUGCAUUUUCUCAUAUUUUCUGACUUUUGUUUUGAGAGAAGAGUAACUUGGGUAGCAAAAAAGAUCUUGUGUUGGCAGGGACAGAGUGCUAGAGGUGGUGGUGGAAAGAGGGGGCCUGGUUAGCUUCUGGGUCUCUUUUGUUACGUCUGUGUGUACACACGCAUACAUACCAGUGCCACAGGAGACUUUCUGGAGCCAUCUCUCUCCUUCUUUCUACCAUAUGAUUCUUGGGGAUGAAACUCACGAUGUUGCAUGCCAAUGUCUGCUGAGCCAUCAUGGUGACAUGGGUACAUUUUUGAAAAGAGAUGAUAUGGGGUUCUUUGAUAGGUUGGAUGUGAUGCAUCAAGAAGACAGCUGUGAGGAAAAAGGAGAGAGAGAGAGAAAGAGACAGAGAGACAGAGAAUAUUCAGAGUAGAAUGAUUGUGCAGUCUGGCCAGAUCCAGUGGAAAGGUAGACUUUUUAACUGAGAGAGAGAAGACUGGAUUGAGGCUGGGUGGGAGAAGCAGGGGCUCCGUUUUGAGGCUUUGGCUUUUGUUCUUUCUAUAUAGUGGUUCCUGCCCAUUGCUUACUGAGCAAGAGCAUAGGCACUGAGACCCAGAGUGUGGGGGCUGAGAGGUGGGAUUUGUGGGAGGGGUGCUCAGCAAGUAAAUGGCUGAAGCCACUGAACCAGAUUCUAUGAGUGGAUAGAACAGGUGAUAGAGCAGUGAACAAGACAGAAACACUCCCUCUUCGCAGAGCUUGCAUUCCAAUGGAAUGGAGAAAGCACUCUACAAUAGGUUAGUGCCUGUAAUUGCAUGAAAAAGAUGGAGGCUAUCCAAGCAGGCUGCCUGGGUGUGGGAGAGGGAGUGUAGGGAAGGUGGAUUUUGACACUGGAUGAGGAGGAGAUUAAAAGGUAUAGACUUUGAGAUGAGAAUGGUCCUGUUGGGGAGGAGAAACCAUGUAACGUCAACUUCAGGACCCCUGGUAAAAGUUUGUCUGAUAAGAAAGCAGUUAGGAGCUGGUGUAGUUCUUUUACAGCACCGGUUGCGGACCAUGGUGAUGCUUAGAAUGGGGGAGUUUUGAGUGGGACAAGGCCUCACACAUGUCUGUCUAUUGGUGAAGCAAGGGAAAUCAGUGCCUUACGGUGUGAGUAGAACAGCCAGCUUACAUUGUAAAGUCCCAGCCAGAGAGUGAAACCCUGCCUCACACCCAGAACAAAACCAGCCCAGAAACCAGUCCAGUCUUGCCGUUAUUAGAAAGUACAGUGACUCUGUCCUUUAAUUUUUACAUCAAAAGAUGUCUAAUUUCGUGCAAUAUUUCCUGUGCAUGUUAACAAGGGUUGUGAGAAAAAGACCAUUAGGUGGUCGUAAAGCAUAAAAGCUUAAGUUUAUUAAGGCACUGACAAGUCCUUCAGGAAAAGGAAUCUCUUUAACGCUCAAACUAGCAUUUGGGAGACAAGUCAGAACGGGAGCUUUCUGUCUGGUGUCUGAGGCAUACUACGCAAAACCCAUACAGCGGAAAUGACUGCUGGGUUAGUUUGUUCUUAAUUCCAGAAUGUUUCU